AUGGGGAAGAAGAAGCCGGCAUUGAAGCGUGUCGAGCGGGGCGUCGCUACGACUUCUGUGCCAUCUAAAAAGGUCGAAAAGGACACUCCAGAGGAUUCCGAUCAGAUUGUAGAGGAGAAAGUCUCAGAACUGAAUGUCCAGGAGGGCGGUUUGCCAUCUAAGACUUCGCCACUGGCAGAUUCAAGGGACAAGAUUGAGACCAACCCACAGUCGGAAGCUUGGGAGGUAGCAGAAAGCUCGGAGCAAGUGGGAUUACAGGCGGUUGUGGACAGACUGCAGGCUAAGGCAAACAGGGAUGUGGAGCAGAUCAUCAAGGCAAUCGAGUUCGACAGCCGUCUAGCCAGGUCUUUUCAAAAGCUGGAGGCCAACUCCGACAUUAGAGAUCGUAUCCUAGACUUUGCUUUGGAGGAGGAAAAUGGUAGUAAUUACCGUAAGAAUUCUCGCCCAGAAGCGAUUGGAGAUCGAGAGCUUUCAACAGCAUACUCCAGCUUUCGUGUGCUUCGCUACUUAGGCAUCAGCGAAUCCCGAGCAUGGGAAUGCAUUUCAAAGGUCUCUCCAUUGGGCAAUUGGGAGGACUGUCUUGAUUGGGUCUGGCUGCACUGUACCGAAGAUGAAUGUCUAGGUCGGGGUGAAUUCGCGCAGACAGCGCCGAGUCUUGAAGAGCGUCUGGAUACCCCACUCGUCCCCGAAGUUGUAUCUACAGAAGAGCUCAAACAGUCUCAACAAUCCGUCGCUACGGAGAGCACGUCUCAAAUCAAGUCUUCAAUCUCGACUCCGUCCCGAGAACCGACGUCUUUGUUCAGGUCUGCUGAAGAAUCCUCUGACGAGGAGGUCGACCUUGACCCUGCUGCUAUCAACAGAAAAUGGGCUAUGAAGCGUAUAGAGCUGGAUGACGCCAAGUCGCAGCAAAAGUUCAAGUCGGAAAGUGCUGCAGUGAAGGAGAUCAAAUCUGAACUCCAGUCUUUGGAAGGCGAGUAUCUCUUCAAUCGCAAAGAAGCAGAAACCAUUUAUCGCACAAUGAGAGAUCAGAUGCGAGCCGACAAGAUCCGAGAUCGUCUUAAAGGGCCUGCCGACAACUCCCCUGUAAGGAGUAGAUCAAAACCCACGAAAGACGAAUCACACGCUCUCAAACCGACCUCACCUUCAAUCCAAAACGACGAAGAAGAUCUAUUCGGUAACAUGUUGGACAUUCCACCAGAUCCCAUCGACGGUGACGGACCUCAAGCCAACACUACAAUUACAAUACGAUCCAUGCCCUUGCCAGGUCUGCCCGAUUUUGCGGCGACCAGUCCGAAAUCGAUGUUACGGGACGCCAUGAAGCAGAUUUCAGGCGGUUCUCGAGCUGUCAGGGCAGGUAUAGAGGUUCGAUUUUCCACAAACCAUCUCCGGGUCUGGCGAAUGAACGACAUUGCAUGCGAGAAUCGUCUGGAGGCAGAGAAUUUCAUCGCCUUGAUCGCCCUGCAUGAGUUAUACGCCAGCGGCCAGCUAGAUCAGCCUAAUUGGCGAGUUAUGCCUCCCGCAUACCGCGAUCUUUGGGACGAGCUCGAGAUUCCUCACCAAAUCAAGCAGAAGAGCAAGGAUCGGGAAUUGUGGAAGAAAAUCCGAAGCACUCUGGAGGCUAUUCCUGUCGCCUCUCAAGAACAACAAGGGCCGAAAAUCGACGGCGAUAAUACAGUCGCGGCCAAGGUAACGCCAAAGUCUAUGCCACUUGCUCGUUCGGUACACGAAAGCGUCAAGGCUGAUUUCGAGGCACGCGUUCAAAGCUCGAAAUACCAAGACAUGUUGACACAACGAAAUACUUUGCCCAUCGCAGCAUACAGGGAGGAGAUCCUGCGAACAAUUGAUUCAUCGCGGGUUUCCAUACUCUCAGGUGAUACUGGCUGUGGUAAAUCGACUCAGCUUCCUUCUUUCAUCCUGGAACGGGAGCUCGCGGCUGGUCGCGAGUGUAAGAUCAUCGUGACAGAGCCUCGCCGGAUCAGUGCCAUCUCCUUGGCGAACCGUGUCUCUAUCGAGCUGGGAGAUGCCCCAGGCGCUGUGGAAAGCGGGAAUUCUAUCGUCGGAUACUCCAUUCGCUUAGAGUCCAAAAUUUCGGCAAAGACUCGUCUAGCAUUCGUCACUAAUGGUAUAGCCUUGCGAAUGCUGGAGAAUAGUCAAGCAGGUGGAGGACCCAUGGCGUUCGAUGAUGUUACACACAUCGUCGUUGACGAGGUCCAUGAACGAUCUAUAGAAUCUGAUUUCCUUCUGAUCGCUCUUCAGACACUCGUGCACACCCGCAAAGAUCUAAAGAUCAUCCUUAUGUCCGCCACUCUGGAUGCGGAGAAACUGUCCAAUUACUUUGGUGGAUGCCCCUAUCUAUCUGUGCCAGGCCGGACAUUCCCGGUGCAAGUCAACUUUCUCGAGGACGCGGUGGAGCUCUGUGGUUGGCGGAUUGAUGAGAACAGUCAAUAUGCAAUCAGGCAUCGGAAUUUCAAGACGGGUACCAAGCAGCUGGAAUGGACAGAGGAUGGGGCGAGAUCAGAUGGUGAUGAUCAGCCCGACGAUCAAGAGGAUCCAACAAAGCUCUCGUCCAGCAAGUACAGUCCUGGGACAGUUCACACGGUCAACUUGCUCGACUCUCGACAGAUUCCUUACGAUCUCAUCGUCCUCCUGCUGGAACAAAUUUGUUUUGGCUCCCCAGAUCUUUCUCCCUAUUCUGCGGCCAUCCUCGUCUUCCUGCCAGGUAUCGCAGAGAUCCGUAGACUCAACGAAAUGAUUGGUGCUCAUCCAUCUUUCAACAUGGCUGAUUUUGUAAUAUACCCUCUCCACUCCACCAUUUCGUCCGAAGGACAAAGCGCUGUGUUCGAUAUACCACCACCUGGAGUUCGAAAGAUUGUCCUCUCUACCAACAUUGCAGAGACAGGAGUUACCAUCCCCGACAUCACUUGUGUCAUCGAUUCAGGCAAGCAUCGGGAGAUGCGAUUUGAUGAGAAACGACAGCUAUCACGCCUCAUCGAGACAUACAUUUCAAGGAGUAAUGCCAAGCAGAGAAGGGGACGAGCAGGUCGAAUGGCCGAACAUCCUGUUCCUGAGAUGCUUCGAUUAUCUCUACAAGAUCUGGCUCUUCGGAUCAAGAUUCUUGACUUUGGACUCGGCAACUCAAUCGAGAGUGUCCUUCUCCAGGCCUUGGAUCCACCAACCUCCAUCAACAUCCAAAGAGCCAUUGCUGCUCUCGUAGAGGUCAAGGCUCUCAAUAACUCCGAGGCGAUCACGCCUCUGGGACGACUACUAAGCAAGCUACCAACUGAUGUUCAUCUUGGCAAAUUUCUCUUGCUCGCUUGCCUCUACAAAUGUCUGGACCCUGCUCUCACGAUCGUGGCCGCACUAAACGGCAAAAGUCCCUUCAUCACCCCCUUCGGACACGAGAGUGCGGCGGACGCUGCAAAAGCGGCGUUUUCCGUUGGCGACAGCGACUUUCUGACUCUGGCCAACGUCUUUGACAGCUGGAGGCGCGUCUCCUCCAGUCAAGAAAAUAUCAGGGUCUUCUGUCGCGGGAACUAUCUAUCUCAGCAAAAUCUACAACAAAUCGAGGAGUCUCGUCGUCAAUUGUUGUCAUAUUUGGUUGACUCUGGCUUCGUUGAUGUUACGCUCACACAGCGCAAAGACUUGGACAACGCCCGUUUUGGACGCGGAUACCGCACGCAAUUUGUCACUGUGCCUGAACAGUUGAACGAAAACGCUGGUCAUAAAGCCAUCAUCAGUUCAGUCCUUGCGGCCGGUCUGUAUCCUAGAAUCCUGACUCGCGACGGGAAAGCCUCCUUCAAGAGUAUCAACAAUCAACAGAUUAUUUUCAUCCAUCCAACGUCUGUCAAUCGGCGUCUUGAAGCUUCGGCCCUCAGGGCUUCGCACAUGGUUUACUACACUAUCAUGAAGUCGAAGACUCUGUAUGCAUGGGAAACCGGUCCUGUCUCAAAUCUUGCGCUGGCCAUUCUCUGUGGUGAUCAAGCGGACGUUAGGCUGGCGGCAGGCUCUUUGCAAAUCGAUCGCAAGGUGAAAUAUCACACAGACAGCAAGUCCGCCCUGGCAAUCAAGCUUGUGCGUCGAAAUCUUGCAUCGUCAACGGCAAAGCGAUUCCGCGGCGUCGCAUUGACUCCGGCGCAAAGGAAAUGGUUCGAAAUGGGUUUAGAGUGGUUGAGGAGCAUAGAAAGUACAUAG